UGAGGUGGGUCUUGCAAAGCUCGCGGUGUACUGUUAAAAUUCCAUUGCCAACCAUUUAGCAAGGAUAGCUACUGUAUCUGUCAGUUAGCAAGCAAGCUAGCAAGGUAUUAACCCCCAAAUACCAGACAGAGAAAACGGGAGAUACUUUAUCCAGGCAUGAAUCUAUUUGUAGAUGGAAUUUCUAUUUGCUAAAACGGAGGUGAUACAAAGUGUCUGGAUGUGUGCUUUGCCUACGUCCUAUUCUGAUCUGGCUAGCAACCUCUCAAGCUAGCCCACUGGAAACUAUCGGUGGAUAACCUGGCUAAUUCGAAGUGACUUGGGGGUUUGCAAGUGCGAGGGAUCGUUGGAAGAAGCACGUUUUUCCUUGCUGAAAAUAGUCCAACCGAAUGUCGUGUCCAUCAUGAGUCCCGGCGGGUGCCCUCAUGUGAACAGUUUUAAAGUGGAUAACUGGAAACAAAAUCUAAGGGUUAUCUACCAAUGCUUUGUGUGGAGCGGAUCAGCCGAGACCAGGAAACGCAAGGCCAAGUCGUGUAUCUGUCACAUGUGCGGCGCUCAGCUGAACCGGCUCCACUCCUGCCUCUACUGCGUCUUCUUCGGCUGCUUCACCAAGAAACACAUCCACGAGCACGCCAAGAACAAACGACACAACUUGGCUAUGGACUUACUAUAUGGGGGAAUAUACUGUUUUGUGUGCCAGGACUACAUAUAUGACAAAGACAUGGAACAGAUCGCCAAAGAGGAACAAAGGAAAGCGUGGAAAUUGCAAGGUGUGGGGGAGAAGUACUCGACGUGGGAGCCCACCAAGAGAGAGCUGGAGCUCCUCAGACCCAACCCCAAGAGGAGGAAAAUCACCACCAAUUGCACCAUAGGGCUGAGAGGGUUGAUCAACCUGGGCAACACGUGCUUCAUGAACUGCAUCGUCCAGGCCCUCACGCACACCCCCCUGCUCAGGGACUUCUUCCUGUCCGACAGACACAAGUGUGAGAUGCAGGCCAACUCCUGCCUGGUGUGUGAGAUGUCCCAGCUGUUCCAGGAGUUCUACUCGGGGCACCGCUCGCCCCACAUUCCCUUCCGCCUGCUGCACCUGGUGUGGACUCACGCACGCCACCUAGCGGGCUACGAGCAGCAGGACGCCCAUGAGUUCCUCAUCGCAGCGCUGGACGUGCUGCAUCGACACUGCAAGGAUGACAAUGGGAAGAAGGCCAACAACCCAAACCACUGCAACUGCAUCAUCGACCAAAUCUUCACUGGGGGCCUGCAGUCAGACGUCACCUGUCAAGUCUGCCAUGGUGUGUCCACGACCAUCGACCCGUUCUGGGACAUCAGUCUGGACCUGCCGGGCUCUUCCACGCCCUUCUGGCCCCUCAGCCCCGGCAACGACGGCACCCUGCUCAACGGAGAGAGUCACAUGAGCGGUGCCACCACCCUCACCGACUGUCUGCGCAGGUUCACCCGGCCCGAGCACCUAGGGAGCAGCGCCAAGAUUAAGUGCAGCAGUUGCCAUAGCUACCAAGAGUCCACCAAACAGCUGACUAUGAAGAAGCUCCCCAUCGUUGCCUGUUUCCACCUCAAAAGGUUUGAGCACUCUGCCAAGCUGAGGAGGAAGAUUACUACUUAUGUCUCCUUUCCUUUGGAGCUGGACAUGACCCCUUUCAUGGCCUCCAGUAAGGAGAGCAGGAUGAACGGUCAGUACCAGCAGACUGUCGAGCCCUUUAACAACGACAACAAGUACUGUCUGUUUGCGGUGGUGAACCACCAGGGCACCCUCGAGAGCGGCCACUACACCACCUUCAUCCGCCAGCACAAGGACCAGUGGUUCAAGUGUGAUGACGCCAUCAUCACCAAAGCAACCAUCAAGGACGUGUUGGACAGUGAGGGGUACCUGCUGUUCUACCACAAACAGUUCCUCGAGUACGAAUAGACCCUCCUUUGCAUGAAGAUGUCCACGCACACAUCCAAACAGCAGAGAGACGAGGAGAGAGGGGAGAUGGGGAAGUGGAUCAGAAUCAUGGAUCAGAAUCAUGGAUCAGAAUCAUGGAUCAGAAUCAUGGAUCAGAAUCAUGCCUCCUCUUUAAUAAACAAACAAGAACAAUCUGCACUGAACUGCUAUAGGAUCCACUUGAUAGAACAGGAGGUGCAGGGUAUUAGAAGAGGAAGCAUAUUUUGCCUCUUCGUAGACAAAUGGACAAUGAAUAUAGUAGCUCAGUUAUUGUCAACAUUACACAUUCAGUCUUUUUUUUCCUUUUUUAUUUCCGAAUCCUUAAUUCCGUUUGACCACACAAAUCAUCUCGACCAAGCAUUUAAAGAAGAGGAGACAAGUUUGGCUUGUAUCUGGACAUGCAUUAUUGCUCUAAAUGCAACAACAAAAACUACAGAGAAAUGGUAUUAAGAGUAUGGCAGAUGUGAAUAUGGAAAUCAUUGUGAAUUUCAGUUGCAAAAUACUGUAUGAACCUAGCACACAUUUUUAUUUGUUAAAUGAAAAAAAAGCAAAGUCUCUGAAGGGGAGGAGUCUUGUGAAGGGGAGGAGUCUUGUGAAGGGGAGAAGUCUUGUGGAGGGGAGGAGUCUGUGGGGAAGGGAGGAGUCUGUGGGGAGGGGAGGAGUCUGUCGCGUGUUUUCUUUCCCUUCUUUCUUUAGUCAUGUCGAGGGUUAGGGACAACACAUAGGUAUAUUUUUAUACGUCAUUCAAAGCUCUGUUUACGGUGUACCCCCCCGACCAUCUUUCCGAAGCUUGGCGUUCAUUGUGCCGUGUCGUUGCGUCCUUUUCAGAAGAAGAAAGCCAGGUCAUGCUUCUGUCAUGACCCUGCUGUCGUUGAGCCUGUGUUCUCAUGACCCUGCUGUCGUUGAGCCUGUGUUCUCAUGACCCUGCUGUCGUGGAGCCUGUGUUCUCAUGACCCUGCUGUCAUGGAGCCUGUGUUCUCAUGACCAUGCUGUCGUGGAACCUGUGUUCUCAUGACCCUGCUGUCGUUGAGCCUGUGUUCUCAUGACCCUGCUGUCGUGGAGCCUGUGUUCUCAUGACCAUGCUUUCGUGGAGCCUGUGUUCUCAUGACCCUGCUGUUGUGGAACCUGUGUUCCAACGGUCCGUUAGGUUUGUGUGUGUCUGUCGUCGUGGUGAUGAUGAUGGCGUAUUGUGUGUGUGUCUGCAGGAUGCCUGGGUGUAAAGGGUUGUGAAACCAUGAGACAGCGCUGUUCUCACAUCUGUAUCCUGCCCGUGUCUGGCUCCAUCCUGCUGGGUUCACUUCAGCCACGGGGUCCUCCAAUUCCAUAUGUACGGAUGUGUGGGUUUGUAAAAGAGAGAGAGAGAACAGGUGUGUUUGUGUCAGUGUGCAUGUUUGUGUUCUAAAUCAGUGUGUGUAUGUGUUUGUGCGUGUAUGCAAAUGUGACGUGCGUGUGCCCCUGUGUGUUCAUUCAGUCGGUGUGUGUGUGUGUGUGUGUGUACGUAUGCACGUGUGAUGUGCGCGUGCGCAUGUUUGUGUACUGAAUCAGUACUUGCAUUCAGCAUGCUGUCGAAGAUUCAUCUAAGUUGGGUCAGAGGACUUGUUUGUAUGUAUGUUAAAGGUUGACUAUGUACAGUUUGUAUGUAUGUUAAUAAAAUAUAAACAUGGUUCAAAAUCCCAAAUGCCCUCCAUGUUUGCUGGGUUACCUGGACCAAUGACCCUAAUAGAGCAGGUCUGAUCUAUAAUCCUCCACACACUUCUGCUGCAAGACUUGGACACAAUGAAACACUCAAUAAAGCUCUAUAUCUCUA